UUUGUGGAACCAGGGGGCAUUUGAGCUAAUUUGUUUGUGAAAAAAAAGAGAAAAAAACAAGCCAUGGCGUUGAACGGUGGGCUUAGAUCGGCUUCUAGGCUUCUGACUUCGUCGUCUCAAUCGCUUCUCUCCAAGUCAGCCAAUAAAGGGUUUCAUUCAACUGGAGUGAAGAGGAUGGGGGGAAGCCACGAGCACGGCCAUGAUGAACCAUAUUACCUUCAUGCUAAGCAUAUGUACAACUUGGACAGGAUGAAACAUCAGACGCUGAAGAUGUCUCUUGCUGUUUUCACAGCCUUCAGCAUCGGUGUCUCUGUUCCCAUCUAUGCCGUCAUUUUCCAGCAGAAAAAAACUGCAUCUGGCUGAAUUCGGAUGCUUACUUUGAUGGCUGCAAUAAUGGAAGCAAACCCGGGACACAGGGUGCCUUUGUAAUCAACUUUUGAAAUGGUUUGAUAUGAAGAUAUUGCGCACUUCUGUUCACCGUUGAUUAUGGAACUUUAGGAUUGGUAGUAUUCUGCAUUUGAUAAUAAUAUUUGAUGGUCCAAUUUGGAUUUUCAAUGGAAAUGCUUUUAUUUUCUGAA